AUGCCAAAUACAAUUAGUGAUUAUCCUUCCGUUCCUCUUGUUCAAGAUUUUUCUACAAAUCUUGAGCAAGAAAUCGAAGAUGCACGUCAAGUUAAGCCACCAUUUCCUCCACAAAUUACUCCAAAAGAUUUAAUAGUUCAUAAAAAAAAUGGAGACGUUCCGUCUCGAUCGCCUAAUGCCUUCAUGAUCUACCGCAAGCUCUUCGUCGAUGAGUUACAUAAUAAAGGACUUUACUUACCGAUGACGACAGCGUCUUCUAUGGCAUCUACGUCGUGGAAGAAUGAGCCGGAACCCAUUAAGCAAGAAUAUAGACGCAUUGCUUCUGAGGCGAAAAGUCGACAUUUGAGACUGUAUAACCAAAUUCCACGUAAAAAGCGAAAUCAACGAAAGAUCCGGAACGUACAAUCGACAAGCUGGUUACAGAUCAUACCGCAAUAUGAUCAAUCAAGAUCGGAUAAUUCAACAGCCGUUUCGUCCCCGAUUGCACCUUCUCCCAUAUCUGAACCCACUUCAAUUUUAACUGAUGGCAUUUCGCGUCAUAUACCUUAUGGACUAACUUCGAUACAUCUCAAUGACAAUGAGCCUGCAGGGUUUUAUUUGCCACAAAUUCAUCAAUUUCCCGUGGAAAUCGAAAGAAAUAAUAGCAAUCCCGCAGGAAUUCCAUCGAUGGAACCGGCAAGUAAUAACCCUGGAUUUGGAGAUCAUGCUAAUAUGGUUCUCUACGAGAAUUUCGUAACGAAUUAUCAUUCUCCAUAUUCUCCAUAUCAACAACCUUACGAACUUCAGGGCCCCGUCCCUCAAAACUUCCUAAAUAUGCCGUCUUUUCCUUAUUACUAUUAA